AUGGCUGCAAAAGAUCUUGUUAACCAAGGCCUUAGACGCACAAUCGGAACAGGGGAACAUACACUUGUUUGGGAGGACUUGUGGCUACCGGACGAGACAGCCAGACCUCCUACGAUAUCCCAAUACUCUGAUUCAACCCUUAGAGACCUUAUCGAUCCUGUGAAAAAGGAAUGGGAUACCAAUAAACACGGGAACCUACUGUACCCUAACGACAUUCCAUUGGUUCACAGUUUACAUCUCAACAGAAAUCCCAAACCAGACGGGUACUGCUGGAAUCAAUCCAUAUCUGCGAAAUAUUCGGUCAAGUCAGACUAUAUGCUUGCAAGGUCCAAACCAGAUAGUGAGAUUUAA